CAAGCAGAAAUACAAUAUGUUCAUGUCAAUUGUCAUCAAGUCAUCGCCCGUUGACGGGGACUCCUAAUCUAAUGCUCGCCGGCGCUUAGCUUGUAGCUCCUAGCUGCAUUUACACUGCUGCUAUCCGAAAUUUUGCAUCAUCAAUGGCUGCAGGAGGAUCAACAACAGUUGUGAACACAAUCCUCGUCAGCUUGGGAUGCUACCUGGUCUUGUUAGCAAGGCCCUGUCACCAGAAAUCCACUCUGCUACAGGAGCAAAAAUUUGAUGGUGGGGAAGAUGGACAAGUAGAACUAUUUUCGUCAGAAAAUUGGAUAUUCAAGCUUCAGUUCGACUAUGUUAGCCCGUUGGGUAAUUUCUCCAACCUUUACCUGGGGAUAUGGUACAAUCUUCGGCCUCCUCCCUUCCCGUUCUCUGAUAACACUGUCGUUGAAAUCCUUCGCGCACCAAUCUUCGACAGAGCCGAAAUCGCCGUCCAGGACAACGAUUUUAAUCUUGAUGGAAGACAGCGGACCCGACGUGACGAUUGUAUUGGACGCGGCAUCGAGGAGCAUGAUCCAGAUCCGAGCAGAAACUCCGACAUGCUCGGCGGCAGCGGCCUCAAUCCAGAACCGGCGUCGUCGUCGUAUUACAACUCGAAUCCACGGCCUCCGCCUCCUCCGCUCUCGCCGCCGUAGCCAGUACUGGUGAAGCUAUUCCCACUCUGGCUCCCACUGUCCGCUCCGCCGCGGAGCACGAUGACCGGAUUAAUCGGCGAUCUGUCCCCUCCUCCUCCACCGUUCCGCCUUCCACCGAUUCUUCCCCGGACCCCGCCUCUUCUCUGCUCCGGCAUGAACAUAGUAGCAGGGAAUCCCCGGCGGUGGGGGCGCGUCUCCAUCGGUGUCAUCUGAGCCAGUGCUGCGAUGGGCGGAGUCGCACGAAAACCUGGGAGAGAGAAGGGUACGGGUGGGGUAAUGAAUCAUUUGAUUUAAU